AGAAAUGACAAUAACAAGCACAGUGAAACACGUGUCGCACUGCUGCCUGUUGAUUCUGAUAAUAACAACCUUCGAGUACACCUCGGGAGUGCUGAGCGACCUGGACAGCGAAGAAAGACCGAGGAUAGACUCGUGGGAGCGGUACGAAGUGUUGGCGCCUCUGCUGUUCCUACUGAGACUGCUGACGCUUUUGGCACUCCCGCAGUCGCUGUUCAAUUUCCUGGGACUGACGUUGUACAACGCCUUCCCGGACAAGGUAACUCUGAAGGGUUCGCCCCUUCUGGCGCCAUUCAUCAGCAUCCGGGUGGUCACUCGGGGGGAUUAUCCUCACCUGGUCUCGAGGAACGUCACCUGGAACCUGAACAAAUGCCUGGACGUCGGUCUGGAGAACUUCCAGAUCGAGGUGGUGACCGACAAGCCCCUGGGGCUCAAGUCCCACCGGCGACUGAGGGAGCUGGUGGUCCCGAGCGAGUACCGGACCAAGACGGGGGCCCUCUUCAAGGCUCGGGCCCUCCAGUACUGCCUCGAGGAGGGGCUAAACGAGCUGGCCGAGCACGACUGGAUCGUCCACCUUGACGAGGAGACUCUCCUGACUGAGAACUCCCUAAGGGGGAUCCUGAACUUUGUCUUGGACGGGAAGCACCCCUUCGGCCAGGGACUGAUCACUUACGCUAACGAGAGGGUGGUCAACUGGGUGACGACAAUGGCCGACUGCUUUCGCGUCGCCGACGACAUGGGCAAGCUCCGGUUCCAGUUCAACAUGUUCCACCGGCCGCUCUUCAGCAUGAAAGGCUCCUACGUGGUCACUCAGGCGGGGGCUGAAAGAGAGGUCGGCUUCGACAACGGGAUAGACGGGUCAAUCGCCGAGGACUGUUUCUUCGCAUUGAAGGCCUUUAGCCUCGGGCACUCGUUCAACUUCAUCGAGGGUGAGAUGUGGGAGAAGUCUCCCUUCACUAUCUGGGACUUUAUCCAGCAGCGUAAGCGGUGGAUCCAGGGGAUUUAUCUGGUGGUCCACUCCCGGCAGAUUCCUCUGAAGAACAAGCUCCUGCUGGGAGUCAGCUGGUACUCGUGGGCAACCCUCCCACUGUCGACCUCAAACAUUCUCCUGGCAAGGCUGUGCCCAAUCAGCUGUCCGAAGAUCCUCGACGGGCUGUGCGCGUUUAUCGGGGCGAUUAGCAUCUACAUGUACGUCUUCGGAGUGAUAAAGUCCUUCUCCCUGAGCAGGUUCGGGCUCUUCCGGUAUCUGGCGUUCAUAUCCGGAGCCCUCGCAAUCAUUCCCUUCAACCUCGUCACCGAGAACAUCGCAGUCGUCUGGGCGCUGCUCGGUAAGAAACACAAGUUCUACGUCGUCAGCAAGGAACAUCAACCUCCUGUCACUGUUUAA